CUGCCUAUGACUACCAUGGUUUACGACCUACUACGGGACCGCGCCUGCAUACCAUUUGGGGACCACCCUUCAUCAGACGAGACAUUCAUAGGCAGCGAGAAUGCCUUCGAAACCCGCGCCGGCGAAGAUCUCGCUCACUUUCGGUACGAGGAAGUCGGAGCCGUUCAAAUCUAAAGUCACCUCUACAACAGGCGCUCAGCGUGGUCACACAACCCUUGACGAUUUCGAUCAUCAAGAUGACGGCACGAUUGAAAGGACCAUCACCUCAUUCUCGGGUGGUAAAGCAAUACAUGAGAAGACCCGGGGAACUCCAGAAGGUCUUCGCAUCAUUGCACUUCCGCCGGAGUGGAAAGAAGGGAAUUGGCUUGAGCGGAAGAUGAAGAGGCAAAAGGGCCCAUCAUCAUCAAGAGAACAACCCGUAGACACAUUGCGGGACGUCGAUAACGCAGAAGAGAUACGGUACGGUCUGAAAAUAGCCCCUAAGAAAGACACAGAAACUCUACCAGACGUUGGACAAGCUUCACAUGAGGCUACCGUCAAGGCAAUCCACAAAACAGAUGAGGAGCUGGCACUUGAGGCACUGUUAGAGGAUACCUCGGCCUCGAAUCGUAUCAUUUCUUUAGCUGUUAAUGAUAGGGAAGCAUUUCAACAGGCAUACGAGGAAGCGCCAGAUAUGGCAUCGAUUGCGGAUUAUGAAAACACACCUAUCGAGGGAUUUGGUGCAGCAUUAUUACGAGGUAUGGGCUGGAAAGACGGCGAAUCUAUUGGUCGUAAACGAGAUGGUCCUGUCGUCAAACCAAGAGUGCUAGAACGGCGUCCCGCGCUUCUUGGCAUUGGAGCGAAGCCGGAAGACGCCACCGGCGAAGAGCUGGGUGCAUGGGGUAAGACAGAUAAACAUCGCAAAGGACGACAGCAGACCUCGUAUGUACCGGUCUUGCUCAAGCACAAACAUACAGGUGAAGACAUCACAGAGCAGGAGUUAAAAGCUAGGCGGGAACGUGAGAAAUCAGUGCAUAAUGAUGACAAGGAACAUCGUCGUGCAAAACGCAGGUCACCCAGCUGUAUAAUGACCGAAUUCACAGACAAACGGCCAGAGCGUGACGAUUACCACAAGAGCUCGAAAAGGAGGCGCGGGCGAAAUACUGACAAGGACCGGGACCGGUAUCAAUACCAGUACGAUGAUCGCACUCAGGGUCAAGACAUAGACCACAAACAUUCGCGUAGCCAUUGUGAGAGUCGCGACAGGAGCACUUCUACCUCCCGCUGUCACAGACGACGACGUGAUAACGAUAAUCGCGAUAUGUACCGCAGUAAUAAGAGGAAAUGCCGCAAGGACGAAGGUUCUGACGCCACGACAGACAGGUAUGAAGACUGUGAGAGAGAAUACAACAGGGAAGCGGGAUAUGGGCGGCGUGAUGAGAGCAAACGGUAUCGUGGGGAUCAGCCAUAGCGAGACAAACGCUGAUUCGGACAUAUAUAUCUAUGAUCGGGGGGAUAUGUACAUGACUUGACAUCAGCUAAGGCGGGAAUAUUGGCGCGAUGACCAAUACGUACCUGGUGAAUAGGUUUUGAAGUUUCAUGUUUGUACCCGGUACUGAUUCUGUGUCAAGCAUGCACAGCUAACAUACGGAGUAUCGCCUAGACGCACUAACUAAGUUGACGUACCCACUAAUGAGCCAACCCACUAAUGAACCACGUGAUUUGAGUAUAACUCUAAACGCCUAUAUUAAUAACUAUAUACUUAAAAUAGAGGGAAUUUAUAUAAAUAAGCCUU